AUGGAAGGAGCAAAAGACGAAAGAAACAAAUUCUUGUUUGUCACAGUAGGGUCGUACAAAUUUGAUGAUCUAAUAAAGCAGAUCGACACGAAGGAUUUCCACAUGUUCCUCCGAAGUGAAGGAUUCACCAAAAUGAGCAUUCAGAUCGGAGAGGGCACCUACGAACCAAAGUUGAUCUACAGACAUAGCAGCAAUGGGGAAAAGCAGUUCCUGAAGCGAGUGAAAUUCUUUCGCUACAAAAAAGACUUACUAAAGUACUUUCAAAAGGCUGACCUCAUUUUAAGUCAUGCCGGCGCAGGGACAACCUUCGAAGGGUUGCGCAUGAACAAGAAAAUGCUAAUAGUGGUAAACGACAAAUUAGUGGACAACCACCAGUUGGAGUUUGCAAGACGCCUAAGUUCGCUGAACUACUUGGAGGUGUGCGAAUGCUUGGAGGACUUGCGGCCGAGGGUGCUGCGAUGCCUGAGGAUGCCUGCGUUCGCACCCUUGCCCGCCCCGCAGCCGGAGCCCUUCCUGCGAGACCUCCGCGCAGUGAUGGACGAAGCGGCAUAG